AAAAAAAUAAACCUUGGAAGCUUCUGUCUCAUUGUUCUUCUAUUCUCUCUCUUUCUUGUGUGAGAGAAACAUAAUUAAGACACACAUAAAGUGCCUGUCAGGAACGUGAAUUUCAUUGCCUUUUUCUCUCAUUAAUUCAAUCUCUUCAUUUCAUCUCUCUCUCUCUCUCCACAAUGAGAGAUUUAGCUUCUUGUUUUGGUGAAUAUGCAAUACAAGUCUCUGAUGCUUCUUGCUCUACCUACUCAAACCAUUCUUGUAUUUCUCCAAUCCUCAAACCUUCAAUUCAAAAUACAAUCACUUACAUAUACAAAACCAUUCUCUCCUCCCAAAUCCAUCAGUUGCUCACAGUGACUUGGUGCAAGAACAACAUGACUCAAGGCCUAACCAUCAAUUUCGGCGACGACCCGAAUUCGGUUUUCAAACUCAACACCAAUUCAAGGCUGUUCAGGAAGAAGAAAGGCAGCAAAUCAUUUGAAUUCAACAGUUCCAAGUUUGAAGUGUUUUGGGAUCUCUCCACAGCCAAGUACCAAACAGGACCUGAACCAAUUGAUGGCUACUAUGUCUUGGUCAUGGUUGAUUCACAGCUCGGACUAGUUCUUGGCAACUUGGCUGAAGAAGCAGUGACCAGAAAGCUCAAAACUGGCACACCGGCUGCCAAAUUCCCAUUGAUUUCGCGGCGGGAACACUUCUCCGGCAAUACCCUUUAUUCCACCAAGGCUCAGUUCUGCGACUCGGGGACUUCGCACGACAUUUUGAUCCAUUGUAGCUGCGAAAACGAAGGCCUGAGGCAUCCUGUUCUGUCAGUGUGUAUUGACAAGAAGACGGUGAUUCGCGUGAAGAGGCUGCAGUGGAAUUUCCGCGGGAAUCAGACCAUUUUUGUUGAUGGGUUGCUGGUCGAUCUCAUGUGGGAUGUUCAUGGAUGGUUCUUCAAUCCGGCUUCCGGUUACGCGGUGUUUAUGUUCAGAACAAGAAGUGGGCUGGAUAGCAGGUUGUGGUUGGAGGAGAAAUUGGUGCAGAAAGAACAAGAGAAAGUUGAAUUCUCAUUGUUGAUCUAUGCCAGUAAGAGCCCAUAAACAUGAUUGACUUUCUUUCUUUUUUUUUCACUGCCAAUAUUUUAGUUCCUUCUUUUAAUUUUCUUUCCAAUACUGAGAGGAAUAGAUAUUCAUGAUGUUGAUUAUGUAGAAUGAAAAUAAUUUGGAGUGCAUGACCAAAGUUAUAUAUGCUAAUGAGUUUCAGAAAUGUGAAAUUGAAGAUAGAUGAUUGAAAUGCUUUGGCCUAUUGUGUGCAGUGUGUGUGAGUUUAAAUCCCAUAAUUUGACCCAUCCCAUAAUUGACUGUUAUGAGUUUUGAAGCACCAAAGGGGUGGAAAAAGUAACAGUAGAAGACAUCAGGAAGUGGUUUUGGGCAUUUUCAAAUUUUUAAAUGAAGAUUUAGGAGAAAGUACUUUUGGGCAUUUUGAAAAUUUUAAAUGAAGAUUUGAGAAAAAGUGCUUUUGGGUAUUUUUGAAAGAUGUUAAUGAUAUUUGCUUUGAGCUGUAAAAGGAGAAUAAAGUUGAGAAUCUCUUGACAAUGAUCCUCGUUAGGCCCCACUUGUUACAGAGUGCAACUAUGGCUAUGGUGUAACACAAAAGCAUAAUGUAUUAGCAUUGUUUCAGCUUUUAUUGAAUUUGGACACUUCGGCCAUGGCUAAACUAGUACUACUAUUUUAGUUAUUCUCUAUUUUCUUUUUGUCCUUUUAAGAAAUGCUCAACUAAUGUUAGAUUUUUCUUGUAAUUUGAUACCUUGAUCGUACAACUCAAUUGCCUCUGUUUUGUUAGAAUUUCCCCUGCUUUUUUUUAAGAAUAGUUUCACAUGUAGCUCCUUAGGUCAUAUCGACAUCAUUUUUAGUUGUAUGGUACUUUCUCUGAGGCUCUUCAUAUUUUUACUUGUCUUACUAUACUAGCAUUUAGAAAAUUAUCACAAAGAAUAAAAGAUACCAUAAAAAAGAACAAACAAGAAGAAAAAACCCUUAAUUGAGGAGGGGGAAUUAAAGGUUUCUUUUUCUUCCGCCGGGCUCAAAUAGUAGGGUUUUUUUUUUUGUCCGGAAGUUCAAACAAGUACACUUACCUCAUAAUAUUGCCUUCAUUAAGACUCCAACACUCAACUUUUACGCUAAUGCCCAUUGAUUUUAUAUGUGUAGGGUUAGUAGCAGACACGAAUGACGGUUUCAAAGCAUGCACUUAUAUAGAGUUUGCUUGAGCAAUAAUUUAUUUUUUUAUUUUUUAUUUUUUAUUUUUUUUGGUUAUGGCAAGAAUGUUAUAGGUUAGUAAUUAAAUGGAAAAUGGAGAGUGUAAGACUCAAACACAUCUUUCACGGGAAUAACCCGAAUAACAUAGUACUUGUCAUCUGCAAUAAGAGGAAUUCUAAUUGCAGUCGCGCAAGCAACUGCCUAUUCACAGUCGCCAGUUAUGAUAGGUUAAUUUUGAAUGCAUUAAUUAGUUUGAGAUUCUAUUUUUAUGAGACUCUACGUACAUUAUUUUUUAAACAAAAAUACCCUUUUAAAUUAUCUAAUCUUUUCUCUUCUUCUCUCCUCUUUUAAUGGAGUAUGUGGUUAGUUAUGUGAUAGAUAAUUCAUUCACAAGAGAUGGAUGGAUUCGGAAAAAAAUAAAAGGAAGAAGGAAAAAAAAAAA